AUGUCCUACAGCUGCUGUUCAGGAAGGUUCUCCUCUAGAUCCUAUGGAGGUCAACUGAACUACCCCUACUCCUCCUGUGGCUCUUCCUACCCCCACCACCUGAACUUCAGCACUAACUUCUGCUCUCCCAGAACCUACCAUCUGGGAUCAUCUCUCCACAGCGGCUGUCAUCAGAACUGCUUCCGGCCCAUCAGAUGCCAGACUUCUCACGUGGUGCACAGCUCCUGUCAGCGGCCUUGCUAUCGCCCAAGGGUGUCCAGCUUCUGCAGCCCCUGUAGGACCACAUAUCCUGGCUCUCUCGGUUUUGGGUCCAGCAGCUGUCACUCCCUGGGAUAUGGGUCUAGAAGCUUCUACACUUCAGGCUGUGGCCUCAGUGGCUUCAGACCUGUGAGUUAUGGAGUCCGAGGCUAUCCUUCCUUUGGUUAUAGAUCUGGAUUCUGCCACCCAACCUAUGUGACUUCUAGAAACUACCAUUCUUCUUGUCACAGGCCCACCUGUUGA